CAAACUAACACCAUUGAUCUGGAUUGGUGAAUCGUACGAGAAAUUUACGAUUGAAUGAAAAAUUUUGAAUCCCUGUCUCCACCAGAUUGCAUUUAUCAGUUAUCAGUCAGGUUAUAUGUGUGUGCAGUCAAAUUUCUUGAUGUCAGCCGAUUUGCAAGACGCCCAACUGUUGGAAUUUCUUACCGACAACCGCUCAUUAUAAUAUUUUGACUGGAUUUUUUUGUGGAUCUAGUGUGAGGGACUUGUAACUCAUUGUUGAAGACCUGAGCUAACAACAAUGUCAGGGCAUCCAGAUUAUGCACAUAAAGAAGUGGAUAGAAACGAUUUUGUCGGUGAAAACUCUGAUGUACAUUCAGACACCGUACCUCCAGCUGAUCGGCUAGUGAGAGAGAAACAUGAAAAAAGGACAGAAUACUACGAUUACAGCGUUCGAUCUGUUGGCUCCAGUCGCAGUCAUUACCGAAAAAAGCCGAAAAAACAUCGAUCGCACCAACGACAAGACUGGCUGUUCUACCGUGACAAUCCAUAUGAUAAACAAGUACAUGACUAUUGGGCAUUACCCAGAAGACGGAACAUAUUUACCCGACAAUAUGACGACGUGGAAAACCACAAUCCGUAUCUGGUGCCCGGUGAGGUUCUUUACCCGAGAAGGUCUAGUGGUCGGAGCUCCAGUCACAGGUCACACAGCCUAGCACAAGGGAAAGAGGAAAAUCACUCCUCACUCAUUAAAAGACGUGUAAAUCAGGAUUUGGAAGAGGAUUCACUUGCUUUUGAUGGCGGACUGCCCAACCUGGAUGACAGCAACAUUCCUCACAGAAGUGAACUGAAGAAAAAUUCUGGGAGAAAGCUUCUUCCACAAGAUAGCAGCAACAAUUCACAUCGGAGUGAAUUAAAAGUUUACUUCAGAUUUUCAAAAGGCGCCCUGUCAAACGAAACCGCCGGACUUGAUUAUUAUGAAAACGAACCAUACUUGAUUGCGCUGCAAGCCUACUGUCGCGGUUGGUUAACUAGACAAAAAUACGAUCGCCUCAGAGAGGAAAACGAUGCCGUUCGGAUCAUUCAGAGAAAUGCUGAGCGCCUGUUCAACCCCUGGGUUAGGUUGAUGCUUGCCCUAAGACCGCUUCUCAAAUCAAAUCGCAUUGAAGAGGAACUGCUCUAUCUACGCAGUGAGCUCGAACGAUACAAGACCUUAGUGAAAAUGCUGCGGUAUGAGAAUGCGGAAUAUCAGUCCAAGGUCGCAAACCUACUACAGCUGAUUGAACAAAUCAACAGCAAAGGGGCAGGCAACGAAGUGGUCACCAACCUUGUCUCACAGAUGUUGAAGGAAGAGGCUGACGAACAGCAACAUCGUUCAUCCGAACAUUUCCGAGGACAAAUGCUGAAGGAAGAGGCUGACGAACAGCAACAUCGCUCAUCCGAACAUUUCCGAGGACAAGUGAAUGUGCUUGGUGACCGAGUUGAACAUUUGCAACACCUGUUGGCCUUGGAAUCGAGCAAAGUUGAGCGACUUAGCGCCGAGCUAGAGGAUAUGACCACCACCAUUGCCGAAGCCAAGACAUAUGAACGCAACUUGGAGCAUAUGGUUACCCAACUGAGUAGACAACUGGAACAGAAGACCAAGGCUCUUGAGAUUCCAACCCCAUCGGAGACGAAUAAGCUGGAAGUCAAUGGUUCGUAUAAGCCCGAACCGGGAACCCCCGAUAUGGAGCAACAGCUCGUCUCCUAUCGCAUUCUGUUGAGUCAACUCCGGGACUACUUUUCUGCAAAUCCUAAAGCGAUGGCGGCACUGGCAGACAGCCCAUUCCAGCCAGGAAGCGAGCUAGACAUAUUCAAAGAGAGCACACUGGCCCCACAAGUUCUGGUUAAUCUGGAACGUAUUCAGCAGUAUCAGGCGGCAAAAUCUCCUUCACCCACCAAGGAUGAUCGUUCCACGUUUGACGACCUGACAACAAGGAGUGGUGCUAACGAUGAACUAGUGGAGCUCAAGCGACAGCUUUUGGAAGCAGAUAAAAUGCUGUCCGAAAAGUCGGAACAAAUUAAAUCGGAAAUCGAGGACAGGGAAGUUUUAGAGUCUGAAAAUAACCAGCUCCGAAAUCGCAUCAGUGCUCUGGAACGACAGCUCCGUGAUGUUCAAGAAGAUUUUGAUGAGAAUUGUUCCAGGCGAGAUUUGAUGAAUCAGCGUCAAAUGAAGGAAAUGGCGGAACAGCUGGAAGAAGAGGCGCGCAAAGUAGCAUUACUUACACAACAGAACCGAGAUAUGGAACGGGAACUAACAGAACUGCGCAACUUGGCAGAACCAGAAGAAGAGAUGCUGAAUGAUGAAUGGGAAUCAAUGAAAUCUAAACUUCGGGCUGAUGUGUCUCAUUACAAACGAUCCUUGGAGCUAUUACAAGAGGAAUUCGAUCAGUUCCGCCGCCAGAAUGAUCCACAAAAAACACGCGAAGAGCUGAAUGAGAAGGAAGAAAGAAUAAAUCUACUGGAACGUGAGAAACAACAAUGGCGUCUGGAAAUGGAAGUACUACAGGUCAAGCUGCAGAAUGCUACCAGCCUUUUGGAAGAUACCGAAAACAGAUUGAAAUGGGCCACAAGAGAAAAAACUGCCCAGGUACAUCGGCUACAGCAACUGGAAGGUGAACGUGACGAGGCAAUUCGGGAGGCAGCGACAAUUGCAGGUCGUGCGAGUGCGGAAAAAGAAUCUACUGCAGCAAAAGUGCGUGAAUUUGAGGAACUCCGGAUUGAACGAGACGGUCUUCGUCGAGAGUUGACAGAACUGAAACAAACUUUGGCCGGAUGCACUGCCGAAACGACGGCGGAAAAGCGACAGUUGCAAGCCCGAUUACGCGAGUUGGAGGUUGAUUUGCAAACUGCGCAAUCUUCAGAGGUGGAACUUAAGGCCAGCAGCCACAGAAGCCGAUGGAAAAUUGAUGCCCUCGAGGAUCAGCUCAGCAAUGCAAUGCGUCGUGUGGCAAACCUGGAGCGUCGUAAUACUGACCUGGAAGCAGAAGUGGUUCGAGCUAAGGCCGAUCUGACUGCGUCGCGGGAAGCUGUUACUCUUAAGAGGGCAUCAAGAAGCCGAAUGGCCGACGAGUGGAUUCAAGGAAUUCGUGACGAUAGCAAUACGGAGGACGAGGAUAAGGUCUAUUCCCCUAGCAGUGGUUUGAGCAGGAUAGAUGGUGGAUUUGAUAACUACAGCGAGUCAUCUACAUCCCCGAGAUUGAGAAGCCGUGCUCCUAAUUCUCUACGUCCAGGCUCUCUCUACAGAUCAACUUCAUCCAUUUUCAGGCCGCUGAGCAGUGGCGAAGGCCGCACACAUCCCAGCAUGGAUCGUUUCCUGGAAACUCGUGCUUCAGUCCACAGUCUUAAUAAAUCAGACAACAGUACAUCAAAUUUAACCAGGACGCAUCGUUCUUCAUGUGAGAAUCCGCCAGUGACACAUGGCAAGGUCAAUGGUGAUGGGGGUGAUUUGACUCCCGUGGCACAUGGCACAGCGACACCGUUCAAAUCACUUACGACUCAGGCCGGCGCACGUGAACAACGGUCCAGACGAGCCCAAAACCCGACUGAGGAUAGCGAUUGUUGAGGAUUCCGGAGCACAAAACGCCCCCAGAGUGUACAUAACCACGUAUAUACACAGAAAAGAAUACUAGCUAAUGAUCUACUCCUCCAUUGCCUAACCGAGAUACAUUUCAAAAAGACCUGUGAUCCACCAGUCCGAUGGAUGCGUGUGUGUGUGCGUUUUUAAAGUUUAUAUCAGAGUAUGUACCUGCUAACCAUUAGACCAAGACAAAGCUGUUGUUUCCUGCCCGAUGUCGAUCCAGUCCGAAAAUAUACC